AUGCUGUGUGGACAUUCUGAUCGGAGGUGCAGCUGCAAUCUAUGGGAUCUGGACAAAACGCCAUUGAGGGAAGUGCGCAGGAGCACUGCCCUGCUCCUCUCCUCCCUGAUUGAUGAUACUUGGGGCUCUGAGUUCUGCUUCCCCAACCUCAACUCCUCCUGCAGGCGUCUGCUGCGACCACGCUCUGAGACUCUUCUACUCUACACCCUAGUUGCAUCUGUCUCUCUGCUCACUGUGGUACUCAAUUUGCUUGUUAUUAUCUCCAUCUCCCACUUCCGGCAGCUCCACACCCCGACCAACACUCUGCUCCAGUCUAUGGCUGUGUGUGACAUGGGACUGGGGCUGUUGGUGAUGCCUGUUGAAGGUCAGCACUAUAUUGAGAAAUGCUGGCUGCUGGGGAGGAUAAUGUGUGCUCUGUCUCCUUAUGUUUUAUACUGUUUGGGUGCUAGUGCUCUGGGCCACAUUGUGCUCAUAUCCAUUGACCGUUAUCUGACUAUCUGUAACCCACUGAUUUACUGCUCUAAGGUCACUGUGACUAAAGUUAAAAUCUGUAUCUGUGUCUGUUGGACUUGCUCAAUUAUCUACAAUGUGUUACUUCUAAUACACCAUUUAGUGCAGCCAGACAGAUUCAACUCCUGCUAUGGGGAGUGUGUGGUGGUCAUCAGCCAGAUGUUUGCAACUGCGGACUUGUUUAUAACCUUUAUUGGGCCUUGUACUGUCAUAGUUGUGCUGUAUAUCAGGGUGUUUGUGGCUGCCCUUUCUCAGAUACAUGCAAUUCAGUCACAGGCUGCUGCUACCAAGGCCAGAGCAGCUCCAACUGCUAGAAAAUCCCAGCCCAAGGCAGCCAGGACUCUGGGGAUUCUGAUAGCUGUGUUUGUGAUAUGUUUCUGUCCGUACUUCUAUCCUGCUCUUGCAGGUAUAGAGACUUCUACUAGUUUGUCCUAUUAUCCAAUACUGAAUUGGUUGUGGUUACUGAACUCUUGUUUCAACCCUCUGAUUUAUGCCAUGUUCUACCCCUGGUUUAGAAAAGCUAUCAAGCUCAUUAUCACACUCAGAAUACUGCAGAAUAACUGCCGGGAGGUCAAGAUCCUGUAG